AUGCCAGACCACGACACCAUCAGCAUAUUCAGCGAUGACCUAACAGUAUCGGAUCUUGGCUUCAAGCUGUUAGGCGCUACUGCCCCAGAAGCAACGCCCCCCGAUCCGGCUGAUUUAGCAACUUCUGACUCUAACCAUGAGGAGCCUAUUGCUGACUCCGACGGUGUUACAGAAAACAAUGAUAAUCAAUCUUUGAAAGCUAUCGAAAUUGAUUUGUCAGAUAUUUUAAAAGAUAAGUUAGACAGAAAAUUCGAGAUCUUGAUUGCGGCAAAGGAUUAUUACAUGAAAAUCGCAUUGGCGCACGGAUUUGCCAUCAAGAUCCGCUCUAGUUCAGUCAACACAAGCACUUAUCCGCCUAGCAAAGAAAAACCCCAGAAGUUUGAUCCAACGCUCCCUGGAAUUAGAUCUGAUUUUCAUCUAGAAUGCAACGGUGCCUACCUAUUCGUGAGUGAAUGUAAAAAAGCGGAUGUGGACUCAAAAUUUGACUUUGAGAAAGUUGCCAUUGAGAUGAAAGACUCUUUAGAUCAUGCGGUUAUUUCUGGAAAGAAUGCAACUAAAUCCUUUGGUUGCCAGGUAUCUGGUACGCAAAGCAACGUCAAGUAUUUUUAUGAGUCAAUAUGUUGA